AUGACUCAGACCCAGAAGAAGAAGAUGAAGAAUCUAAAAAAGCAUACACCAAAUCCUGUUGUGAGAAGAAAUUCUUAGCCAGAAAUAAAUAAUGUUUUAUAAAAUUAACCCAAGCCCAUUCCCACUGUAGCUUUACCACCAUAAUAAAUAGUUGCUGAGCUUUAGAAAAUUACUUAAAGAGUAAUUAAUUAACCAAUUGAAGAAGAAGAAAUUCCUGAUUCAAAACCCGUAUCAAAACCAGCACCUAAAACUUAAAAUCGCUACAAAGAUGAAGAUGAUGAAUUUGAUAUUUUUAAUUGA